GAAGAAGUCUGAAUGUAAAUAGGGAAUGUGAAUUGACGAAAAGUGUGGGAAGGAAUUACUGCUUUUUUUGCUUAAAUCACCUGUAACCGUGUAUGAAAGGGAAUAAAAGGGUGCACCAUGCCUAGCUCCCUCCUGUGGGCAGUGGACGUGUACGGGAGGGUUUACAGCCUGUCGACUGCCGGGCAGCAGUGGGAGCAGUGCAGGGACGCCCAUCUAGAGUUCAAGCGGGUCACCUCCGUGCAGCAGUGCUGCUGGGCCAUCGCCUGCGACCACCAGAUCUACCUGAACGUCCACGCCAGCGACCUGCCCAUCCGCUACCAGGAGGAGACCUACGAGAACCAGCGGUGGAACCCUGUGGAUGGGUUCUCUGACCGGCUGCUGCCCAGCGACCGCUGGCAGUGGAGUGAUGUAACCGGACUACAGCAGCAGCCCUUCGACAGCUUCCGGCUGCCCUCGGAGAACUGGGAGUGGGAAGCAGACUGGUACGUGGACGAGAACUUCGGUGGGGAGCCCACCGAGAAGGGGGGCUGGACGUAUGCAAUCGACUUCCCUGCCACUUACACAAAAGACAAGAAGUGGAACUCCUGUGUCCGUCGCAGGCGAUGGAUUCGCUACAGGAGAUACAAGGCACGGGACACCUGGGCCAAGAUCCCCUCAGAGGAUGCCAGACCACUGCCAGACCCCUUCAAUGACAUCAGCUGUGGGGGCUGGGAGAUCAGCGAGGAGCCUCAGGGCAUGCUGUCCUUGUGGGCUGUGUCCCUGCAGGGCAAGGUGUGGUUCCGGGACGGCAUCCACCACCACAACCCUGAGGGCUCGGCCUGGGAGGAGGUGCAGGUCCCGGGCGAGGUGGUGCAGAUCAGCUCCGGGCCGGGGGAUCUGGUGUGGGCCGUGCUGUGGGAGGGCCAGCUGCUGGUCAGGGAAGGCAUUGGCAGGGACUGCCCCAAAGGAUCCUCCUGGGUGGUGGUGGAGUCCCCAAGCUCAGAGGUUGGUGCUAUCCAUGUGGCUGUGGGUGUCAAUGUAGUGUGGGCAGUCACUAAGGAUCACAAAGUGUGGUUCAGGCGAGGCAUAAAUUCCCAUAAUCCCUGUGGCUCAGGCUGGAUUGGCAUGGUGGGGGAGAUGGUGAUGAUCAAUGUGGGGAUCAAUGAUCAGGUGUGGGGGAUCAGCCGUGAGGAUCGGGCUGUGUAUUUCCGGCAAGGUGUGACCGCCAACGAGCUUAGCGGGAAGGCCUGGAAGGCGGUGUCGGUGCCUCGGGACGGAGACCGCUCUCACUCCAGCGCUAGCGCCAGCAGCCUGCCCAGUGCUGGCUGUUUCUUCAGUGGGGAGGUGAGAGUGCAGUCCCAGGGCUCAGUGCUGAGCGACGUGGACUCAGAGUCAGAGAGAACGUCGGGCGGUGCACCCCCCACUCCCGAACCGGAGGUCCCCAAACCCCGCAUUCCUAAGGUGACCAGUGACAGCUUCAUCUCCGAGCUGGUGUCUGACCGGGAGAGCCACCUGGGGAGGCGCGAUGGAGGUGCCGUGGGGUCCUCCAUCCCGGAGGAGGACCAGGGAGCGGAUCAGGACGGCAAAGGUCUCCCGGCCCUGGUUCUCUCUCCCAGCAUGUCUGGCGGGCAGGACCCCCAGUGGAGCAACGUGGACCUGGAGGAGGCGCAGACUCACCUGGCCGUGGGCUCCGCCUCCGACACCGCGGAGACCAGCAGCCUGUCUUCCGUGGCCACCUACAACCUGGGCCUGGAGGAGCCGUAUGGGGCGGACGAGCACCCUCUGUGGGCUUGGGUCAGCGGGGGCGGCUGUGUGGUCGACUCCCACUCGCAGCUCAACUGGUUCAACUCCAGCUCAGGUGUGUCCUCUUCAGCACAGUCCAUGUCCCUGUCCAUCACUCCAGCGCAGACGGCCGCCUGGCGCAAGCAGAUCUUUGAGCAGCUCAGCGAGAGGUCCAAGAGGGAGAUGGAGAACUUCAGGCAUUACGAGCAAGCCAUCGAGCAGUCCGUGUGGGUGAAGAAGGGCAGCAUGCAGUGGUGGAGGGACUGGAAGCCGCACAAGUGGGUGGACGUGCGCUUUGCUCUGGAGCAGUUCUCGGGCACCGACGGCAACAAAGACGGCAUCCUCUUCAUCUACUACACUUUUAAUGAUGAGAAGAAGUACCUCCAUGCAUUCAUCAAUGAGGUGACAAUCCUGGUUCCGGUGCUCAAUGACUCGAAGCACACCUUCGCCAUCUACACAGCAGAGAGAACCAAACAGCGAUGGCCAAUCCGCCUGGCUGCGCCCACCGAGCUGGAGAUGCAUGACUGGCUGGCCCUCCUCAGCAUGUCCUGCUGUGACUCCAGGGGGAUCCAGGGCCCCCCUUCCAAACAGGCCAUCUGGUCUGUCACCUGCAAGGGGGACAUCUUUGUGAGCGAGCCCUUGCCCAAGCUAGAGGCCUCGCCGUACCCCAUGCCCUGCGAUCAGAUGUUCUGGCGUCAGAUUGGGGGACACCUGCGCACUGUGGAGUGUGACAGUCUGGGUGUGGUGUGGGGGAUCGGCUAUGACCACACGGCCUGGGUCUACACUGGGGGCUAUGGAGGAGGCUUCUUUCAGGGCUUGGCCAGCAGCACAGACAACAUCUACACGCAGACAGAUGUGAAGAGUGUCUACAUAUAUGAGAAUCAGCGCUGGAAUCCAGUUACAGGAUACACCAGCAGAGGUCUUCCCACAGACCGGUACAUGUGGAGUGAUGCCUCAGGCCUUCAGGAAUGCACCAAAGCUAACACCAAACCUCCCUCACCACACUGGACCUGGGUGUCAGAGUGGACCAUUGACUACAGUGUCUCUGGAGGGGCAGACAGAGAGGGCUGGCAGUAUGCGGCCGAUUUCCCAGCGACGUAUCACGGCUAUAAGACCUUGAAGGACUUUGUGCGACGCAGGCGUUGGGCCAGGAAAUGCAAGAUCACGACGACGGGCCCAUGGCAGGAAGUCCCACCCAUCCCGCUCUCGGACGUCACUCUCCUGCCCUGCAUGGCUCAGGCCAGCGUGGAGCAAGUGCCACUCUGGGCCAUCAGCAACAAGGGAGAUGUCCUGUGUCGCCUCGGAGUCACCACAGAGACCCCAGCUGGGACAUCCUGGCUCCACGUUGGCACAGACCAGCCUUUUAAAUCCAUCUCCAUCGGGGGCGCCCACCAGGUCUGGGCCAUCGCGAGGGACGGCUCGGCGUUCUACAGGGGGUCCGUGUCCGCCCAGAAUCCCGCAGGAGACUGCUGGUAUCACAUCCCCCCUCCGCCCCGACAGAAGCUCAAGCAGGUCUCAGUGGGGAGGACGUCUGUUUACACAGUGGAUGACAACGGUAACCUGUGGUACAGACAGGGCCUCACCCCCAGUUACCCACAGGGAUCCACCUGGGAGCAUAUCUCCAACAAUGUGCGCAAGGUGUCCGUGGGGCCCCUGGACCAGGUCUGGAUCAUUGCAGACAAGGUCCAAGGCAGCCACAGUCUGAGCUGCGGCACUGUGUGUCACCGGCUGGGAGUGCAGCCCAUGGAGCCCAAGGGCCAGUCCUGGGACUACGGCAUCGGGGGAGGCUGGGACCACAUCACUGUGAGGGGAAACUCUCUGGAGGCUCCACGUAUCAGCAUGGCAGCGCUGCCCAGCAGCACAGCCGCCAGCCAGCCGGUCCCGCGCAGCCCGCUGCCCGUCAGGAACCAGGACAUGAACGGAAGCGCUGUAGGCUGUUAGACUCCCCACACUGUCUCUACAGUUACUCACCCCCCCCAUCUUUUCAAGGUAACCCCCUCCCCCAAUUCAGAACAAUCCUACAUCUCUCAGUUCGCGGUGAUUGAUUGUCUGCUGUCCUUGAAUUCUUGCAUCUAUCAUUGUUAAUCAAAUUUUCUGUUUUUUCUCCGUCACAAGUUACGUCAUCAUCACGUCUCUCUGCAUCUCUUUUGAAACAUACUUUAUUUUCUUCUGUACUUGUACUGUUUUUUUUGCA